UUGGAAGAGCUAACAGAGGUCAGCGUAUGCAGGAUCAUCUUGAACAGUAUUCUAGGAGUAGAGGUAGGAUUGCAUGGCUAAACCUUCUAGGUUUUGGGGUGGCUAAGCCUUCCUUUUGAACAAAACAUUUAGAGUUUCUUGCAGCUGGUGUCCUGGUAGAUUCUGGAAACUAAUUUUACUAUGUUGGUAGUAGUACUGUUGCAGAGUGGUGCUGUUGCUUACGGAAAACAUUUGUUAGACCUGUCUUAAGCUUUAUAAUUCUAAUUAAUUUUCUUUGUCUUAGAAAAGGGACACUUUCGUCAUGUGGUAUUUUUUCAUUGGGUGGGAAGUAGGCUACAGACCAGAGGUCCAUUUCAGCCUGAAUUAAUCUGUAAUUUUACUGAUGAGUUAAAAAAAAUAAAUCCAAACUGAAACAACAGGAAAAUUCCAAACUGGAGAACCUACUCUGAAGUCAAAGAUAGCUUUGAAUGUUAGGUUUAUUCUUUUUUCUAGUUACAGAUCCUGGUGAAUGGCUGAACCGACAGUGUCAACCAGUGAGUAGACCUGGUAGCAGAAGGAAUUUUGCAGACAGAGGUAUUCAAGAUGAGCAAAGAGACAGACCUCAGCCUGACUUUCUUGUUGGCUCUAGAGGAAGAGCAGUGUUCAGAGGUUGUGCAGGUCCAAAGGUGACUUACGUGCCUCCUCCUCCACCUGAUGAUGAACAAGCCAUCUUUGCACAUUAUCAGACAGGAAUUAAUUUUGACAAGUAUGAUGAAAAUCUUGUUGAAGUGUCAGGACUUCACCCUCCAGCACCAUUACUGACUUUUGAAGAGGCUAACCUCUGUCAGACAUUAAACCAGAACAUCGCUAAAGCUGGAUACUCUAAACUUAUGCCAGUACAGAAGUACAGCAUUCCUAUUAUACUGGCAGGACGGGAUUUAAUGGCAUGUGCCCAGACAGGAUCGGGAAAAACAGUAGCUUUUCUUCUACCAGUUGUGGCCAACAUGAUGAAGGAUGGCGUAACUGGCAGCAGCUAUAAAGAACAGCAAGAACCGGAAUGUAUUAUUGUUGCCCCUACUAGAGAACUGGUAAAUCAGAUCUUCAUGGAAGCAAGGAAAUUUUUGUAUGGAACUUGUAUAAGGCCUGUUGUGAUCUAUGGAGGUACACAAACAGACCAUUCAAUUUAUCAAGUAAUGCAAGGCUGUAAUAUACUAUGUGCAACUCCAGGAAGGCUUCUAGACAUCAUUAGAAGAGAAAAGAUUGGCUUGUGUAAAGUGAAGUACUUGGUGCUGGAUGAAGCAGACCGCAUGCUUGAUAUGGGUUUUGGGUUAGACAUGAGGAAGCUGGUUUCUUACCCAACCAUGCCACCAAAAGACAAACGUCAAACACUGAUGUUUAGUGCUACUUUCCCUGAAGAAGUUCAGAGGCUGGCCAGUCAAUUUUUGAAACCUGAUUAUUUAUUUGUUGUUGUUGGACACGUGGGUGGAGCUUGCAGUGAUGUUCAGCAACAUAUUCUUCAGGUUGCUCAGUGUUCCAAGAGGGAUAAACUGAUUGAAAUUCUGCAGAGCACAGGUUGUGAACGAACCCUGGUGUUUGUGGACAAAAAGAGGAAGGCAGACUACAUUGCAGCUUUUCUUUGUCAAGAAAAAAUACCAGCCACUAGCAUCCAUGCAGACAGAGAACAGAGAGAGAGAGAAAUAGCUCUUCAGGAUUUUCGUUCUGGAAAAUGUCCAGUUCUCGUGGCAACCUCAGUGGCAGCAAGAGGUCUGGAUAUUGAAAACGUUCAACAUGUUGUUAAUUUUGAUCUUCCUUCCACCAUUGAAGAGUAUGUACACAGAAUUGGACGAACUGGUCGUUGUGGAAACACAGGCAAAGCAGUCUCCUUCUUUGAUAGCAAUUCAGAUGGCCAUCUUGUACAAUCUCUAGUUAAAGUGUUUUCAGAUGCCCAGCAGGAAGUUCCUGUUUGGUUGGAAGAAAUUGCUUUUGGUUUUCGAGGAGAUGGAGUCUUAACAUCAUUUAAUACCCAGAAGAAUUACAGAAGGAGCUGCAACAUGAACCAAGAACAAAUGAAGAUGUCUUAUUCUGAAAGGACACUUGAGUCAUGGGAUUGAAACUACUUUACUACCAAACUAGAUUGUAUCCUGUUGUGCUUUAGGUGGACUGUUGUAUUUCAUGUUCUUUAAGCUUGUGGAAUGCUUGGUGUUUAAAUAGAGAGCUGGUAUCAUUUACUAAAGCUUUCAACCAUGUAUACGUACUCUUGUUAUGAUGAACCUAGUGAUGAUAAUCACUUAAUGUAGGAAGUCAAAAACAAAUCUUUUAGGAAAUACUUCAGGUAUUAAGCUUCUAAACUUUCAGUAAAUGUUUGAUGUUUCAUAGCUGGUAUGCUGUUCUGAAAAGGUGGAGGUGUUGCAGGUAGAAGAGAGGAGAUCCCUCAAACUUAUUACUUGGUUAUCAGAAUUUUUUCAUGGAAGAUAGUCUUCACAAGACUAAAGGGCUAAUAUAAAUUUAAUGUUUUUUGUAACAGUUCAGUUAAAAUUUGAGUCUAGUUAUGUGGUUGCUUUAGGUUAAGACUUUGUUAAACAUCUUGUAAACAGUUACUUAAUAAAAGCUUGCGUGCAUAUUGAUGCUUGCUUAUACAUCAGACACAAAAGCGUACAUCAUUGCUGUUACAUGAAUGGUAUUAUUUUGACAUAUAUGGAACAUGCACAUCUCCAUAGGGAACUAAAGGUCAGUGGCUACAUCCACAACUUCAUUGAAAACCAUGUUUUUCAGAGCCAUCUUCAGAGAAGGAUGGAGCCCUGUGUUCCUUCUAGUGUGUUUUUGUCUUUGACAGCCAUAAGUAUUCUUCUGUUACCUCUUGUGGAGAAGUUUGCUUUAGAACAAGCUUGGUGGCUCAUGUCCAAAAGAGUUUCCCAGACUUGUA